CGUACGUGUUUGUCAUUAUCAGUAAUGUCAAUGAAAAGUGUUGUCGCUGAAGCGAUUCAUUGUUUUGUUGUUUUCUUCUAAAUCCCGUUGAUCAUCAUCCGCCGUCCUACAUUCAGUUCGAUUCGCUUUAAAUGAUUCGCGCCGAGUGAUCAAGCACUUGAUGUGAACGUGGUUCGACAGUGAACAAGAAAGCAAUGGGGAUAUUCGGGAACUCAUCGCCUUUCGACCAAGAUGUCGAAAAGGCGACAAACGAGAACAACUCAAGCGAAGAUUGGGCCUUAAUCCUAGAGAUCUGCGACCGUGCGGGCGCCGGGGCGACCGCGGCCCGGGACUGCCUGCGCGCCGUCACUCGUCGAUUGGCCCACACCGACCCUCAUGUGCAACUGAAGGCAGCGACCCUCCUCGACGCUUGCGUUUCCAACUGCGGCCGCAACUUCCUCCUAGAGGUCGCCUCUCGCGACUUCCUUCACGAGUUCCGUCGUCUGCUAUCGCGAGCCCAGCCUCCCGUGGCGCGCCGAUUACGAGGAUUGUUAAAGAAAUGGGCGGAAAACGAGUUCAGAGGCGAUCCGCAGCUCGAUUUGGUGCCUUCGCUGUAUCUGAAGUUACGCGUUGAAGGCCACGAGUUCGAAACCGCCGAGCCGGCCGCCGCGCCCGCCCAGACCGCCGCCUCCGCCGCGGCGCGCGAGCACGACGACCUGGCGCGCGCCAUCGAGCUGUCCCUACGCGAGAGCGGCGGCGGCGCGACCGGCGGCGGCGGCGGCGCGACCGGCGGCGGCGGCGGCGGCGGCGGCGCGCUGUACCCGCGAGUUGAUGAAGCGGCCGCGCCGACGCCGACGCCGGUGCCCGCCGCCCCCGCGCCGAGGAAAGUGCGCGCGCUCUACGACUUUGAGGCCGCCGAGGAUAAUGAACUCACGUUUUUAGCUGGAGAGAUACUGUGGGUGACAGAUGCGAGCGACCCCAACUGGUGGAAAGGGAGCAACGAGCGCGGCGAGGGACUCUUUCCUGCCAACUUUGUCAGCGCCGAUCUCGAGCCUGCUCCAAAGGCCGAGUCGCGUCCAGGCGGCAAGAGCGUCCAAUUCGCGGCCUCCUCCGGGCCUAUUCAAGAGGAAGAGGAGGAACCGGGAAUAGAUGAAGCGGCGUUAGACGCGGCGUUGCUCGCGCUCCACGAGGCUAGCCCCGAAGCACCCGCCCCUGGGGAAGAGGAUCUCGCUAGGCAUGAGGCGCGCGCGCUGCGGCAGGCGGGCGUGGUGGACGCGGCGCUGCAGCGCGCCGACGCCCGCCACGCGCGCCUCACGCAGCUCUCCGCCGAGCUCGUGGACGCGCUCAACCUCUACCACCACCUCAUGCGGGAACCGCUCAAACCCUACAACAUGCCGCAACCACAUGUACCCGGCGUGCCUCCGGGGGUGCAAGGUACUAAACACUGUAUUACACCUCACACGCAGCUCUCCGCCGAGCUCGUGGACGCGCUCAACCUCUACCACCACCUCAUGCGGGAACCGCUCAAACCCUACAACAUGCCGCAACCACAUCUACCCGGCGUGCCGCCUGGUGUGCAAGGUACUAAACACUGUAUUACACCUCACACGCAGCUCUCCGCCGAGCUUGUGGACGCGCUCAACCUCUACCACCACCUCAUGCGGGAACCGCUCAAACCCUACAACAUGCCGCAGCCACAUCUACCCGGCGUGCCGCCUGGUGUGCAAGGUACUAAACACUGUAUUACACCUCACACGCAGCUCUCCGCCGAGCUGGUGGAUGCGCUCAACCUCUACCACCACCUCAUGCGGGAACCGCUCAAACCCUACAACAUGCCGCAGCCACAUCUACCCGGCGUGCCUCCUGGUGUGCAAGGUGUGCCGGGGCCAUCCCUGCCGCCACACUUGCAGCAGCUGCACUACUUCCCGCCGCCCGGCCCGCAGCAUCCACCCGGACCGCCGCCGCAACCUAGGUGCUGAAACCGCGGCCGCGUUGUUAAU